AUGUGUUCACUCCCUAGCCGCUCAUUCUCGGGACGCUUACCAUUCAAAUCGUCAUCUCAGGAGCUAGGUGAAUCUCGUCAUAUUGCGCAGCGUUGUCUCAAACGUCUCAACAAGCGUCUGUCUCAGGGCUCUGAACAUCAGAGUCAAUACACCGCAUUUCUCACCGAGCAUGGAGCCAUCGGACACAUGCAGCGAGUCUCAUCAUCAUCGCCUGAACUAUCUCAUGUUUAUUAUUUACCUCAUCAUUGCGUCGUUCGCGGAGACAGCGAAACGAACAAGUUGAGAGUCGUCUUUAACGGUUCAAGUAAAACAUCACCAGCCAGCUCUCUCAAUGAUCAUCUGCAUAUCGGUCCAAGCCUGCAAUCAAAGAUCUGUGAUGUACUUCUGUAUCUCAGAAGUCACAGAUACAUCUUUCUGACUGACAUCGUGAAGAUGUUUCGCCAAAUUCUCAUCCACUCUGAUGACAGGGAUUAUCCGCGCAUUCUCUGGACUGAAUGUGAUCUCACCGUAACUUAUCAGCUCAAUACAGUCACAUAUGACACUCGACCUUCACCGUAUCUAGCUGGCCCAGUUCUCAAGCAACUUCUCAUCGACGAAGGGUCUCAAUUUCCACUAGCAGUGGAACCAUUUCAUAAAGGCAGCUACGUUGACGACAUCGGCGGCGGUGCUGACAAUCUCAGCGAUCUCAACGACAUCGCAAGGCAUGUCGAAGCACUCUGCAACUCAGGUUGCCUCCCAUUAGCUAAAAGGAAGAGAAAUCAUCCUGAUUUUGGCAAAAUCUCAUCAUCACUCAGUCCAGAAGAUUCUCAUUCAUUCUCAGAUAAUAUCUCAAAAAUAUUGGGCCUCUCAUAG